AUGGGUUCCUUAUCAACUCAGAGUGGCCGUAAACAAAUGGCACCAAAAGAUUCUAACACCAUUGUUCCGGCAACCAAAUACCAUUCCUCGAGACGAAUCCCUUCUUCAUCGUCAUCGUCAUCUUCACUCGGAUCUUUGUUUUUUCAAAGAGAUUCGCCACUCCGGUUUUCGGGUGUACCGUUCUCCUGGGAGCAUUCUCCAGGGGUCCCUAAGAAGCUACAAAGUCACAAGAAAAAAGAGUCCACGAAGUUGCUGCCAUUACCUCCCCCGGCAACUCCACCGACCUCGAAAAAAGCAUAUGAGAGUUUCCACAGGGAUCCAUUUUUCGUGGCGAUGAUCGAAUGUUGCAAGGACAAUGACAAUGGGGAAUCAUCGAGCAAUAUGUGGACCGGAAUCAAGGUGACAAGGAGCAUCAGUGACAGGUUCGGAUUCAUUAAUAUCUACUCCACCUGUAAAAGAACUUGUGCCGUCUCGGAAUCGCUGAUCUAUCUUCCGAGGCCUAGCGGAACACCCAACUACAACCUAAUUACUCCUCGAUCUCGUCGAAUGUAA